GGUGUCUGCACUCUGAACACACGCACUCGCAUAGAGAGAUAAAGAGAGUUAAAUUGUGUGUUGCGUUGUGAAGCAUGAUAUGACAGAGACACAUUGCUUACUGUUUAUAAUUUCGUUAACUGUCAUCAUUUUCAUACAAUAGAGAAGAGAAGAGAGAAUUUUCAUUUGUUUGAAUUAGGAAGAAAGAAAACAAGGGGAAUGAAUUUUGGGAGUUAGCAGGAAUAGUAAUGGCGAAGAGGGAGCGAGUGAGAGGAGUGUCGGCGUCGGAAUUGAAGGAGAGGUUGAGGGAAUUGGUGAAGGCUAUAGUUGACUCCGACGACUACGUGGUGGCAGCCGCCGACGAAGCCAUCGCCACCCUUUCGGCUCUCAAACAUUUAAAGUCUCCAGACUCUUUGGAUGACUUUCCCCUCCCUCCCGAAUUUCGAUGCCCCAUUUCAACCCAAUUGAUGACGGAUCCCGUUAUCUUAUCCACCGGCCAGACUUAUGAUAGGCCAUUCAUUCAAAGGUGGUUGGAUGAGGGUCACAGAACGUGUCCGCAGACACAGCAGGUCCUGUCUCACUCCAUUUUAACACCUAAUUACUUGGUCCGGGACAUGAUUGUGCAGUGGUGUAGGGAGCGUGGAAUUGAGCUUCCUGAGCCUGUUAAGGACAUUGAUGGCGUGGUCACUAAGGCGGAUAGGAACCACUUGAAUUCGUUGCUUCGGAAGUUGUCAUUGUCUGUUUCUGAUCAGAAACAAGCUGCCAAGGAGCUUCGCCUUUUGACAAAGCGAAUGCCUUCUAUUCGAAUCCUUGUUGGGGAGUCCAGUGAUGUGAUUCCCCAAUUGCUGAGUCCAUUAUCAUCGCCUGGCACGGCUUCUACUGACCCUGAUCUCCACGAGGAUUUGAUCACCACGGUUCUCAAUCUCUCUAUCCAUGAUGAUAACAAAAAGGCCUUUGCAGAGGAUCCUGCGGUGAUUUCUCUGCUUAUUGAUGCCUUGAAACGUGGAACAAUUCAAACGAGGAGCAAUGCUGCUGCUGCUAUUUUCACAUUGUCCGCGCUUGAUUCCAACAAAUACAUCAUUGGAAAAUCCGGGGCUAUCAAGCAUUUGCUUGCGCUUUUGGAUGAGGGACAGCCAUUGGCCAUGAAAGAUGCUGCUUCGGCAAUAUUUAACCUUUGUCUUGUACACGAGAAUAAAGGAAGGACAGUGCGAGAUGGGGCAGUUCGGGUUAUUCUGAACAAGAUGAUGGACCACAUUCUAGUUGAUGAGUUGUUGGCCAUACUGGCACUCCUAUCCAGUCAUCCCAGGGCUGUUGAAGAAAUGGGUGAUCUAGGUGCUGUUCCUUUGUUAUUGGGGAUUAUUAGGGAGAGUGCAUCAGAGAGGAGCAAGGAAAAUUGUGUUGCAAUUCUGUAUACAAUCUGUUUUAGUGAUAGAACUAAGUUGAAGGAAAUUAGAGAAGAAGAAAGAGCAAAUGGUACACUGUCAAAACUUGCACAAUGUGGAACUUCAAGGGCCAAAAGGAAAGCUAACGGUAUUCUUGAAAGGUUUAAUAGAUCCCCCUCCUUAACACACACUGCUUAGUGAAACUAAACCUCGGGGAUUAGGAAAUCACCACUCUGUAAAUAGUUUUUCUUGUGUUCUUCUGUACAAGCACAAACCAUCUCGGGUAGCUGUAAAAAUGGGAAAGAGAAGUUCACAUAUUGUGUACAGAACCUUCACUUACAAUCAGGGUGAAUGAGCAAAGAGUUUGUUACUUAUUCCUUUAUUUCA